AUGGUGCAGGGUCCCCUCUUCAGCAGCCCUUCAAGUCAAAAAGAAGUAGACUGUGAGCAACCUGAAAGGAAACUCAGAGAUGCUGUCCUCCAGCAGAAGAGGGUGGCCUGCAGCGGGCUGCCCCUGGCUGAGCUGCAGGGCAAGCCACUCGCUGGCUUGGCUGCCCCCUUAGCCCCCGGGAGGCAAGUGUUAAUCAAUCCCUUGGUGGACAAGGAUUCGGGGGCUGUGGUGUGUGUCAUCCUAGUCCACUGUGGCCAGCUUUCUGACUCCGAUGAGCAAAACCUGCAGGCUUUGGAGAAGCAUAUCCUGGUGUCCUACAAGCGCAUCCAAGUCCUUCAGAAGUUGCAUCCUUGCCAGGAAAAACCUGAGGAGCCCCCCAGGAGCAGCUACAGCGAGCUGGACUGCAAGAUCCUGCAGUUGUGUGGGGAACUGUUUGAUCUGGAUGCAGCCUCCCUCCAGCUCAAAGUCAUUAAUUACCUGAAGCAGGAGACCCAGUCCCAAUGUUGCUGUCUUCUCUUGGUGUCAGAAGACAACCAUCAGCUCUUCUGUCAGGUGGUUGGAGACAAGGUCUUGGAGGAGGAGAUGAGCUUCCCAUUAACCGUUGGACAUCUGGGAAAAGUUGUUGAAGAGAAGCAGUCCCUCAUUCUGCAAGACAUCAGCUUGGAAGAGCACAAGCAACUGAACACCAUGCUGGGCUUUGAGGUGACCUCGAUGCUGUGUGUCCCUGUCGUCAGCAGAGCCACCUCCCAGGUGGUGGCCCUGGCCUGUGCCUUCAACAAGCCUGGCGGUGAGAGCUACACUGAAGCUGAUGUCUACAAAAUCCAGCACUGCUUCUGUUAUACCUCUACAGUCUUGACCAGCACGUUGGCUUUCCAGAAGGAACAGAAACUCAAAUGCGAGUGUCAGGCUCUUUUGCAAGUGGCCAAGAACCUCUUCACUCACCUGGAUGAUGUUUCCGUGCUGCUGCAGGAGAUCAUCACGGAAGCCAGGAAUCUCAGCAAUGCCGAAAUAUGUUCAGUCUUCCUGCUGGACAGAAGCAGCCAUGAACUGGUGGCCAAGGUGUUUGACGGAGGUGUGGUAGAUGAUGAGAGCUAUGAAAUCCGGAUUCCGGCAGACCAGGGCAUAGCCGGCCAUGUGGCGACCACAGGGAAGAUCCUGAACAUCAAGGACGCCUACUCUCACCCGCUUUUCUACCGCGGGGUGGAUGACAGCACCGGCUUCCGCACCAGGAACAUCCUCUGUUUCCCCAUCAAAGACGAAAACCAGGAGGUGAUUGGAGUGGCUGAGCUGGUCAAUAAAAUCAACGGGCCAUGGUUUAGCAAAUUUGAUGAGGACCUGGCCACUGCAUUCUCCAUCUACUGUGGCAUCAGCAUAGCUCACUCCUUGCUCUAUAAGAAGGUCGGUGAGGCUCAGUACCGAAGUCAUCUGGCCAAUGAGAUGAUGAUGUAUCACAUGAAGGUGUCCGAUGAUGAAUACGACAAGCUUUUAGACGAAGGGAUCACCCCCGUUCCGGACAUUGACCCGGACUUCGCCAAAUUCAUAUACACGCCACGUUCCCUUCCGGAGGACGACACGUCGAUGGCCAUUCUAAGCAUGCUUCAGGACAUGAAUUUCAUCAGCAGUUACAAAAUUGACCGUCAAACUCUUGUCAGGUUCUGCCUCAUGGUGAAAAAGGGAUAUAGAGACCCCCCGUAUCACAACUGGAUGCACGCCUUCUCUGUCUCCCACUUCUGUUUCCUGCUCUACAAGAAUCUAGAGCUUGUCAACUAUCUGGAAGACAUUGAAAUCUUCGCCUUGUUCAUCUCCUGCAUGUGCCAUGACCUGGACCACCGGGGUACCAACAACUCCUUUCAGGUGGCAUCGAAAUCCGUCCUGGCUGCUUUGUACAGCUCCGAGGGGUCCGUGAUGGAGAGACAUCAUUUUGCUCAAGCCAUUGCUAUCCUGAACACGCACGGCUGCAAUAUCUUCGAUCACUUCUCCCGUAAGGAAUACCAAAGGAUGCUGGAUUUGAUGAGGGACAUCAUCCUGGCCACUGACCUCGCUCACCACUUGAGGAUCUUCACAGACCUGCAGAAAAUGGCAGACGCUGGCUACGACCCCUCGAACAAGCAGCACCACAGUCUCCUGCUGUGCCUUCUCAUGACCUCAUGUGACCUCUCAGAUCAGACCAAAGGGUGGAAGACCACCCGCAAGAUCGCGGAACUGAUCUACAAGGAAUUCUUCUCCCAGGGAGAUCUGGAGAAAGCCAUGGGCAACCGUCCGAUGGAGAUGAUGGACCGCGAAAAGGCUUACAUCCCUGAGCUGCAGAUCAGCUUCAUGGAGCACAUCGCCAUGCCCAUCUACAAGCUGCUCCAGGAGCUGUUCCCCCGGGCCGCUGAGCUGUACGAGCGGGUGGCCAGCAACCGGGAGCACUGGACCAAAGUCUCGCACAAGUUCACGCUCAGGGGCCUGCCCAGCAACAACUCCCUGGACUUUCUGGACGAGGAGUACGACCUGCAGACGAUGGCCGACAAGGACGGCCUCAAGAUGAACGGUUGCCUGGACGGCGUGGACGGGCCCGCGGAGUCGGAACUGGAGUGACG